CUCAAAGGCUUGAGAGUCCCGCCCACUCCGGGUAACAUCGGGCCCCUCCACACUGCUGUCAUUCAUUCAAAUAGUGAGUCGGCCGCUGGAUCAAGUUUACUCUUCUGAGGAGCUUCUGGAGCAAGUACUGUGAGAAGAGUGACUCGAUCUGACUGAACCUGUGUGUGUUCAGAGGAAGAGCUCUGCUGACCCGCUGGACUCUGGGCUUCACUGACACCUGCACCAUGAGGAAGGAAUCCUGCUGCAUGUUCACGUCUGGAGUCAUCGGCGCUGUUCUCCUGAUCAUGGGAACCGGACUCUUUGUGUCCGGACUCUUCCAGACCUUGAUCCACAACAAGCUGAAGGGGGAGAUCACGCUGACAGAAGGCAGUAAAAUUUUCGGCACGUGGAAGAAUCCCCCGCCUCCGGUCUACAUGGAGUUCUUCAUCUUCAACCUCACCAACCCUGAAGAGUUUCUGGAAGGAAAAGCCAAACCUCAUGUUACUACAAUGGGGCCGUACACCUACAGAGAGUUCAGGCCCAAACACAACGUGUCAUUUGUUCACAACGGGACGAAGGUUGCUGCUUACACAGCCAAGAUUUUCGUCUUUGAGCCUGAGAAAUCAGUUGGAGACCCUUACGUGGAUCUGGUGACAACGGUGAACAUCCCAGCGGUGGCCGUGAUGAAUCGGUUGAAAAGUCUAAGCUUCUGGGUAUCCUCGGGAAUCUCCUUGUACAUGGGCUCCAUCGGCACCAAAAUGUUCAUGACACACACGGUGCAGGAGCUGCUCUGGGGCUUCAAAGACCCCUUACUCACCCGACUGAAAACCAUAAAACCAGAAACAGACGAAUACUUCGGUCUCAUGCUGCAUAAAAAUGGAAGUGAUGAUGGUGAGUUUGUGUAUCACACCGGAGAGCAGAACUACCUGGACUUUGGCCGCAUUUACACCUGGAAGGGAGAAAAGAUGGUGUCCUUCUGGAAAACCAACCAGAGUAACAUGAUCAACGGCACUGAUGGCAGCUCUUUCCACCCGUUCCUGACCAAAGAAGAGCGGCUCAACGUCUUCACCCCUGACCACUGCAGGUCCAUCCACAUGCGCUUUGAGAAGGAGGUGGAGCUGAAGGGCAUCCCAGCAUACCGCUUCACACCGCCCCGGGACACGCUGGCCAGCGGCAAGAACAACCCGGAAAAUGAGGGAUUCUGUGUGACACCAAAUAAAUGCCUGGACGACGGCGUGCUGGAUGUGUCUGUGUGUCGGAAUGGGGCUCCUGUCGUCAUGUCUUUCCCUCACUUUCAUCUGGGUGAUGAGAAGUAUGCCCAAGCUAUCGAUGGCAUUUCUCCGGUGCAUGAGCAUCAUCAGACCUUUCUGGAUCUGAACCCUACUAUGGGAGUGCCUGUUCGUGCCAUGAAACGAACCCAGUUCAACAUUCAACUCGAGAUAGUUAGUGGCUUUCCGUUGACCAGGAAUCUCAACAACACCAUCUUUCCCAUUUUGUUUCUGAAUGAGUCUGUGGUGAUUGACGACGCUUCAGCGGCGAGGAUUCAGAAGCUGCUGCUGAUCGUGACUCUGGUGUCUCAUUUCCCGCUCAUCCUCGUGUCUCUGGGAGUCAUUCUGGUGCUUGUCUCCAUCAUCCUCGCCAUUCGCUUCUAUCAGAACAAGCCGUCUGCAAAGAAAGACACAUCAUUCGCUCCUGUCAGCGCGUGUGCAGCAGCGCAAGUGGACGAUCAAGACGGAAAAAAUGGCACUUAUAUCGGCAUGACACCUGUGGACAAGUCUUAAGCGGCUGUGUGUGUGUGUGUGUCACAGGUGCUUUCACUCUCACUUAAUGGUCACUCAUCUGUUUCAUUUCAUAUUUAUACACUUCUACACAAGCGACAUUAAAACUGCUGUCAGGGAUUUUUUGGAAGAGUAUCACAGAUCAAUUCGAACCCAAUUGCAGCCCUCGCUGUCCACUGAUCACACUACUGAAAUAAUGUGAUGCAUAUUUGUCAUUCAUAAUAAGGCCAGAUUUCUAAACAACUAAUCUGCAUUUAUUAGAUGUAUUAUGUUUUCAAGAUGCAUUUAUUAGCACCGCUUAGAAUCAGCAUAAAUCUGUUCAUCUAUCUAUAUAUAAACAUGGUUGAAAUAUGACUAGAUGUUGAACAAGCAAUUUUCAAUGAAAUGCAUGAGAUUGAAACAAAUGGUAUUUUGCUGAUAAUAGAUAUAUAAACCUUGUAUAUAAAACACAUUCAGUUUCAUUUAUAACUGACAAAUAUGCAUCGUAUUAAGUUUAUUCCAUAGUGUCAUUCAAAUCGUAUAUGCAUUUCAUAAAUCUUAAAUUGAAACCUUUUUCACACAUGACGUGUUCUUGCAUUUAAACAGAAUAUAGAAAGUAGUUUUACCUUGACAUGACUGACCGCAGCCAAACACACACAUGUGACAAACAAUAACACAACCCGUCCUGUGUGAACCAGCCACAUGUGACUGAACCUGCUGUGCCUUUCAUCAUGAAGAGUGUUAUUUCAGUGAACAGCUGAUUCAUUCAUAAGCUUAAAAUGCUAAAGUUGUUGAUUUGAUGUUGUGGAAUAUGUAAUCUAACGUUAAUUUCGUUAAUAACGUAAUGUCAGACAUACACCCUUCUCUGAACGUGAUCUUUGAUCCUCAAACACUGAACGCAGACGACUGCCUGAAUGAUUUUAGAUGAGAAUUGUUCUGAAAUGAAUAUAAUCUAUAAGUAUUAUUAGACAGCAGUAUUGCAAUGAGCGUGCACUUCUUUUACUAUUACUGAACUAAUAUUUCAGGAUCUUUUCAAAGUUUCAGUCCUUUUAUUUAAUGCCUUCUGCAUCUGUCCAGCUCUUGGAUUUUAAGAUUCAGACUGCACAAAUAAUUGUACAGUUUUGUAUAUAUAUGAAUUUUCUUUUUUGAUGGAUUUAUACGAAAAUAUAAUAAAAAGUCUCUCUGAAAGGCA